AGAGGACACAAAUCGAACGCGUUGUCACUUGUUCCUCCAAACCUCGACAUAGCCUGUCGUUGUGCACGACCGGGCAUCAGAUCCUGUGCAUAAUUAUGAUGAUCUUCGUCUUCUUCUCAAAGCGAUUUUUGCAGCUCGUUGCUGCAGGAGCCAGUGUUGGAUUAGCAGACUGUGCAGGGAACAAGAACGCAGCUGCGCGACCUCGACGACGCCCACCACAGUUCGAGGAAACAGUGUCCGUGAAGCCACUCGGUGGUUUGCGAAGUUCGCAGUCGGACCACGAUCAUGAUGUUUUUGACCUGGCGGGGGCAUUGAAGAAUUAUGACUCACUCGGUCGAAAUGAGCGACGAGAUCAAGAAGAUACCAACAAAUUGAAAUUCGACUCGACGGAAGGAAACAACGACGAGGAGUUCCUCGUCCGUCUGCAAUUUGCGACAGUUACAGAUAACACACGGAGCAGCAAAACCCCGGCCGGCACCUGCAGUUCAAGUUCUACUACAGAUCAUGCUGUCACCAGGUCGUCCUUUUCGUCAUCAGAAGAUAACAAGGCAGCAUCGUCCGGCGCGAACGGUGGUGAAGACCCUUCAACAUUACGAGGACCGUUAUCAUCAUCAUCAUCAUCAUCAUCUACUUCACCAUUUCAACAGAAAGCGCUGGAGCAGAUUUUUGCCUCCGAUGCCAACCUGCAGGAGUUUGAGGCGUCUCUAACGCAAGGACGGGUAGUAGUAAACGAGGUUGAUAACAGGAGUGCAGCUCCGAAAAGAAGCAUGAAACUCAACUUUCCAACCUUCCCUCCCGGUGCAACGCUUCUUGCGACCUCCGUGUCCUCCUUGGAUUGGAGCAAGCUCGUGUUUCAGCUGUCUGGGCUGCUGUGCUACGCAUGGGAAAUAAAGUAUCGCUAAUAUCGCACUAGUAGAAUCUGCAUGACAGCAAGGAGUUUUAUUCCCGCAAAGUUGAGAAAUGGUGCUAGCUUGGAGUGCUAGAGUUCAGUAGUUUCUUUCAGUUUCAGACCGAGAUCAAUGUUUUAUUUUAAAGAAAAAGCAGUAUAUUGAUACGAACGAGUGCGAUACAGCUUUUGCACUUGAUACGCGUGCGUCUUUUGAAGCCAUGGACACGGGGCAUACCGGGUACGAGUGGAUUCAACCCGUGGAGAUUUUGCAGCACACGACCGGCGGUGUCAAUUUGCCAAAAAAAUCCUUGAGGAAACACGAAACCGCGAGAGCAGCAACAGGAACAGCAGCCCCACCUCCUCCAGAGGAAAUAGAUUUGCCUACUCGUCGUGCUGCCCCACCGCGGCGGCGGUUUUACAUGACCCUUCCCUACGAGCCAGUGUGCACCGAGAACCUGACUCCCUGGCUCCGCUUGCUGCCCUGCCGCAAGGAGGCGGGCAUCGCGCAAUUUUUGGGCGGCAAGGAACGAAGUCUCACCUUUGCCCGCGCACGAUAUUUCUCGCUCACGUUCAAGGCUACGCGCCAGGGCAGGGUCGAAUUGGCGCUAACGGCAGUGUUGAAGCGACCGGAAAUGGAGGCACUGGUGGUGCAGGAUAUCAUCGGAAGCUUGCGUAGCUAUGAAGAGCUACGUCGAAAUGUUGAUAAGAACGCAUCAGCGACUACGACUGCAGCAAGACCAACAAGAACUUCUGCAAGAAAUCGGCUUUCAUCCUUUCGCCCAUGCUCCGCGAGCAAGUUUCCGCCGACGGUAAUCGUUGAAAGCCCACUUGUUCCUUCCACUUCUGCUGCAGGAGCUGCGACUUCUCUGAUUAUUUCUUCUACGACUCAUUCCCUGGAUGAGGUUAGCGCCGCAUUGCUGCGAAGUCGAUGGAACCGAACUACUAAACCAAACGUCGAAGUGCAAGAAGUCGAAGAUCAGGAACACGGGGACGCUAGUAAAGGAGCCACGAGCAGAAGAACAAGAGCCCAGAACUACUACCCUAGACCACAUCUAGAAUCGCUCACCGUCGCGGACCUGCGUGGGAUGCUGCAAGGUGGAGCAUCUUCACCUUCAGCUGCGAGAACGCUCGUGGCAAGAACUGGUAGUGCUGCUAGAAAUAACUCUAUUUCCGAGAAGAACCAGGAAAAGCUUCAUCAAGAGCAGCGUGACGAAGGCGCCAGUGGUGCGCCGGCCACACGAAGGAACGAAUCACUAUCGCCCACGACCGUUGCAGAAGACGGACAGGUUGUGGGCAGCUCCUCAGCUUCUGCCUCUGGUGCUGGAGGCCAAGUGCAUGUUGAUACAGAAGGUGAGGCAGCAAGAAAUAUUAAAAGCGGCCAUCGUAUCGUUAUCGCCGAAAACGAAGUUGUCUCCCCGACCGUGAUACGUCAAAUCUUGCCGGGGGCGCAGGGGUCCCCCAGAAGUGACGGCCUGUGGCGGUUUCAAGUGCUGUUUCCGGAAGGAACGUGGUCUACUACUUCACAGGAGGUAUUAGAUGGCGACGUCGCUGUAACAGGGGGGUAUCAUGGUCAUGAAGGACGAGAGGAAAAAACAAAAGGAAGAGCAACUACGCCUGAAAGUAGAGACCGGCACCUAGCGGCACAACGACAAACUGUAGUUGGAGACGAGACCACUAGUGGUCGCAGGAGCUCAACAUCUCACUAUCCCACUAUCUCCGGCAUUACGGUCACCGAGUCGCUACCCUACUUCUUGCAACCCCUGUGGAGCACGUCUAUGGUGGUGGUGAAGAGUAGAAGUAGUUCACCAGCAGGAGCUCUGGUAGAAGAAGAAGUAGAACAAACGCGAGACGUUGAAGAAACUGAACAGACCUACAGUGCCGAGAGAGCACUGGACAAAGUGCAACUGCGUCUCCGCGCUCGCAGAGAGAAAAAGGGGCAGCUGGUGUUUGAUUUCUUCGUACCAAAUGUUGCUGUUGGACGAGGAGGGAGCAUGACAACUUUCACCGUCCACCUGGUCAAGCGGUUUGUGCAUACGGACGAUUUCUCCUUUGCCAGUGAAAAGGGCUUCGAUGUGGGGUCCGCUGCGUGGCAAAUCGUCACGAGAAGUGCGACUCCAUCUCUUCGAAUAAAUAGCGACAGAAAUAAGCCUGUUGAUACGCUGCUCGUGCCACAAGAAGCUGCUCCAGCUGACGCACAAGAACAUCAAGAAAUCUUCUUCACAACCGGUGCCCUUGUGAUGGUGCAGAUGCCAGACUUUUCCAUGCCCUUCAAUGUGGUCUGCCUCGCAUCCACUUUUGCCACGUUUUUCUUUUCGCAGCUCUUCCGGUUCACCACGGCGCCAGUUAUCUAGCGAGGGCUUGUGGUUAUUUCGUCAGUUGCGGCUGCACAGGGACAGUCUCAUCUCUAUCCUCUUCUACUCUUACGUUCAUUUCCAUGCAGAAUAAGAAAGUAAUUUUUGUUGUGAUAACGCUGAAUCAAGAAAGAAUGAACAGUGCAGCAGGUGGCUGCUAUAUGUAAAUGUGAG